CUUGAGCUGAGGUGACUCCGGAGGGGCCGGAGCGAGCCCGGAGGCGCUUCUGCGCGCGGAGCCGCGGCCGGAGCGGGACUCGGGCUCCGGAGAGCAGGUCUGCCUGUGGAGAGUGGGGCAAGGCCGUGUCUUCUCAGAGAGCGUGGCUGGAGAAGCCUCGAAGCCCCCGGUGCCUGGAUGAUGGCUGCAGAGCUGCCCAGCGUGACCGCUCCCCUGAGCCCCGUGGGCCAGGUGCCCCAAGAGGAGGACGAGCAGGAGGAGGCGGAGGUCACCACCACGAUUCUGGAGGACGACGCCUGGGUGCAGGAAGCUGUGCUGCAGGAGGAGGGCCCUGAGCCUGAGCCCCUCGCGCAGGGCGCCGGCAAGGGCAGCCCCCAGGAGGAGGCAGCGGCCGCGGGGCCGCAGGGCGCGCUCGGCCGCCUCCGAGAGCUGUGUCGGCGCUGGCUGAGGCCAGAGGUGCACACCAAGGAGCAGAUGUUGACUGUGCUGCCGCGGGAGAUUCAGGCCUGGCUGCGAGAGCAUCGGCCCGAGAACGGCGAGGAGGCCGUGGCCCUGGUGGAAGACUUGACCCAGACCCUGCGGGAGGGAGGUUUUGACACACACAGCGACAACGGGGAGAGUGACUCCGAGACAGGCCGUGGGCCCCGGGCCCGCGGGGAGGUGCCGCCCCAGGGCAGGGCCGAGGGCCAGCUCAUAGGCCUGCAGGGCACCUACCUGGGCGAGAAGCCCCACGAGUGCCCGCAGUGCGGGAAGACCUUCAGCCGGAAGUCCCACCUCCUCACGCACGAGCGCACGCACACGGGCGAGAAGUACUACAAGUGCGCCGAGUGCGGCAAGAGCUUCAGCGACGGCUCCAACUUCAGCCGGCACCAGACCACGCACACGGGGGAGAGGCCCUACAAGUGCCGGGACUGCGGGAAGAGCUUCAGCCGCAGCGCCAACCUCAUCACGCACCAGCGCAUCCACACGGGCGAGAAGCCCUUCCAGUGCGCCGAGUGCGGCAAGAGCUUCAGCAGGAGCCCCAAUCUCAUCGCCCACCAGCGCACCCACACUGGGGAGAAGCCCUACUCGUGCCCCGAGUGCGGCAAGAGCUUCGGCAACCGCUCCAGCCUCAACACGCACCAGGGCAUCCACACGGGCGAGAAGCCCUACGCGUGCAAGGAGUGCGGCGAGAGCUUCAGCUACAACUCCAACCUCAUCCGGCACCAGAGGAUCCACACCGGCGAGAAGCCGUACGCGUGCAGCGAGUGCGGGCAGAGGUUCAGCCAGAGCUCGGCGCUCAUCACGCACCGGCGCACGCACACGGGCGAGAAGCCCUACCAGUGCGCCGAGUGCGGCAAGAGCUUCAGCCGCAGCUCCAACCUGGCCACGCACCGCCGCACGCACCUGGUGGAGAAGCCCUACAAGUGCGGGGCGUGCGGGAAGAGCUUCAGCCAGAGCUCCAGCCUGAUCGCGCACCAGGGCGUGCACACGGGCGAGAAGCCCUACGAGUGCCGGGCGUGCGGCGAGAGCUUCAGCUGGAGCUCCAACCUGGUCAAGCACCAGCGCGUGCACACGGGCGAGCGGCCCCACAAGUGCGGCGAGUGCGGGAAGGGCUUCAGCCAGCGCUCGCAGCUCGUGGUGCACCAGCGCGUGCACACCGGCGAGCGGCCCUACCAGUGCCUCCUGUGCGGCAAGAGCUUCAGCCGCGGCUCCAUCCUCGUCAUGCACCAGCGGGCGCACCUGGGCGAGCGGCCCUACCGGUGCCCCGAGUGCGGCAAGGGCUUCAGCUGGAACUCCGUGCUCAUCAUCCACCAGCGCACCCACACCGGGGAGAAGCCCUACAAGUGCCCCGAGUGCGGCAAGGGCUUCAGCAACAGCUCCAACUUCAUCACCCACCAGAGGACGCACGUGAAGGAGAAGCUGUGCUGACGCUGC